UUCUGGAACCCUCUCUCUCUCUUCCUGUGACCCACAACACUCCAACCAGACAGGCAGAAAGCAAGCAAAAGGAUAGGAAGGAGCCAAGAACACCAAGAACUUGUUGGAGCUGAGACAGCAGCACCAAGCAAGAAACCGGAUCCAAUCCAUCCAUCCAUCCAUAGUUUCCAAUGGCUGGCAAGUACAUCGCCGCUGGUCUUGUUGGUUCCUUUGCCAUCUCAUAUGUUUGUGAUCAUUUUAUCGCUGAGAAGAAGAUAUUUGGAGGCACCACACCACAUACCGUGUCCGACAAGGAAUGGUGGCAAGCAACUGACAAGAAGUUUCAAGCCUGGCCUCGCACUGCUGGGCCACCGGUUGUCAUGAACCCCAUCAGUCGCCAGAACUUCAUCGUCAAGGAUCUCGAGUCCUAAGAUUGUAGUGGGAGCAUAUAUGCUGAAGGUUGCGCCGUGACUAAGAUGGCGAUGGCUGUGGCUACAAACUACCUACCUAUGCCGUACUCCCGAACCAGUACGUGAGUACUUGGUCUCAAUAAAACAGAACUAUUUUGCCUAGUGCAGCCUGAACAGAACCUGAAGCAUAUCUGCUUUAGACAUUGUCAUCUUGGUGAUUGUUCUUAUGCAGUAACAACCUCUACUUUGUGCUUGUGCUAUUGUGAGUGAAUGGAACUAUCUGUCUGUCACACUGGAAUA